AUGUCGUUUCAUAAAAAGUCUAACUUGAGUAUUCGGUCUAAAAGGAGAAGAGUUGAAGAACAACUGAAAAGCAUACCAUUGUUCACAUCUAAUGAUACUCAAAACAUUCUUUCAACAUCAAAUUUAAAUUUAAACCUUAAUGACUGUACAUUUAUGUCCUCAUCUAAUAUUGCAAUUGAUAUACCAGAACAAACUUCCAAAACAAACUUGUCUUUUCAUACCAAUUUUGAUGUACAGAAUAAAAGAAAUAAUAGUCUUGAUUCAGAUAUUAGUUGUAAUAAUCGGUCUUCGUCAGAUGAAAAUAAUGACUCAAUUUCAUUAAAUCGUGAUAUUAAAUCUGAUCAAGUAUUAGUAUCGUUAAUUGCAGAAUGGGCUGUAAAAUACAAAAUAAGUCAUAUUGCUCUUGACGGUUUAUUAUGCGUUUUAAAACAACACAAAUGUUUUGAAUCAAUACCCAAAGAUUCAAGGACUAUUUUGAAUUCCAAACCAAUAGAUGUUUCUAAUUUGCACUCAGUUGAACCUGGAGAAUAUUACCAUUUCGGUCUAUCAAAUGGAAUAAAACAAAAUAUUUCAAGUAGUAUACUACAAAAUAAUAAUACGUCAGUUAUCCAGAUUGUUGCUGGUGUGGAUGGCCUCCCAUUAUUUAAAAGUAGCCCUGAACAAUUUUGGCCAAUAUUGGCUUAUAUACGCCCAAAAAGUGAUGUGUUUCCGAUUGGCAUUUACUAUGGGAAAGAAAAACCAUUAGACAGUAACAGUUUUUUAAAAUAUUUUGUCGAAGAAGCAAAUAAUUUAAUUAAUAAUGGUAUAGAAAUAGAUAACAAAGUUUUUAAAGUUAAAAUUGAUGCUUUAUGUUGCGAUGCGCCGGCCAAGUCUUUCUUGUUAAAAACCAAAGGCCAUUCUGGUUUCUUUUCAUGUUCAAGGUGUGAGCAUGAAGGAGUAUACUUAUUAAACCGAAUAUGUUUUCCAUACACAGCACCAGAUCGACAACCUCCUAAAAGAACGCAUCAGAAUUAUAUUACUAAAUCCAAAGAAGAGCACCAUAUUGGAAACAUUUCUGUAUUAAGCACUUUAACAAACUUUGAUUGUGUCAAUGAUUUUUCUCUGGACUAUCAGCAUUUAGUAUGUUUAGGUGUUGUGAGAAAAUUAAUUUUAUUAUGGGUAAAGGGGCCAAUUCCAAUACGUUAUGCAUCAUGGAAAAUAAAAGAAAUAUCGAAGGCAUUAGUAAGUUUAAAAACUAACAUACCCUGUGAAAUGGCUAGAAAACCAAGAAGCCUGGAACUCAUUAAUCGUUGGAAAUCUACAGAAUUACGUAUGUUUAUAGUUUAUUUAGGUUGUACUGUUACUAAACCUGUAUUAUCUAAUAAACAUUGGACACAUUUAUUUAACUUGAGUUUGGCAAUGGUAAUCUUAUUGGGUCCUGAUUAUGGUUGUCAUCUUGAUAUAGCACAAAAACUUUUGAAUAAUUUUGUAAAGAACUUUGAAAUUUUGUAUGGACGGCAUCUUAUAUCUCACAAUGUACACGGAUUAACUCAUUUAUGUGAUGAUUUUAUUAAAUUUGGUGCAUUGGAUAACUGUUCAACGUUUCCAUUUGAGAACUUUAUGAGUACUCUUAAAAAUCUUAUAAGAAAACCAGAUAAGCCACUGAUUCAAGUCAUUAAAAGGUUUAAUGAAAUGCAUGCACUAAAAUCCAAUCCUCAAAAAAAAGAAAAAAUGUAUACAUGUACUGGAUCUCAUACUAGCGGGCCACUUAUAGAAAAUAAGGAGGGUUUGCAGUUUACUACGUUAAAGAUGGAGAAAUAUACUAUUAAAACACACGUUGAAGCCGAUAGAUUUCUUUUAACUAAUAGUAAUAAAAUUGUUAAAGUUUUUAAUAUAGUUGAUCAAAAAAAUUCAAUAUAUUUAAUUUGUAAACAAUUUGAGGACAUCAGUACUUUGUUUGAUAAACCAAUUAAAUCUACAGAGUUAGAUAUCUAUGUUGUUGCCAAAUUAAGUGAUACACUAGUCUGGUAUUCCAUUAACGAUAUAAAAAAAAAAAUGAUUGUAUUGCCUUCAGAUAAUAAUUUAGUUGCUUUACCUUUAAUUCACACUUAA